AUGACUGCACUGAGACUGCACCGGCAUCUCAGGCUCAAUGCUUCCAAGGCGUGGCAGGCGCGGCACGCGCUGGCCAAACCCCGAAGACACAUGUCCGGCGUGAGUGCCAUCGACUCUCGGGUGUUUCGAAAUCUCUUUGGGGCGGAGCAGAUCCGGAAGGUCUUCAGCGACAUAGCCUAUCUGGAAAGAUGCGUCGAGGUCGAAAUCGCCCUCGCGAAGGCCCAAGCAAGGGCGAAUGUCAUCCCGCAGGACGCGGCAGACCAGAUCGCGAACAAGGCAGUGGCGUCGUCGCUCGACCUGGCGCGGCUCAGCGACGAGACCGAGAUUGUGGGGUACCCGAUCCUUCCCCUGGUGCGGCAACUCGCUGCCAUGUGUGGGGACUACGCGGGCAAGUACCUCCACUGGGGUGCCACGACGCAGGAUAUCAUGGACACGGCAUCGAUACUGCAGAUCCAAUCGGGCUUGGCCAUCGUCGAAGGCAAACUCGGCGAGGUGAUCAAGGCCACGGAGGGUCUCGCGGAAAAGUACAAAGCCACGCCGAUGGCCGGGCGGACACACCUGCAGCACGCGCUUCCCGUGACGUUCGGGUAUAAAUGCGCGGUUUGGCUUUCUAGCCUCUACCGACACCGGGAGAGGCUCGAACAGCUGCGGUCCCGCGCACUGAUGGUACAGUAUGGUGGUGCGGCCGGGACUCUGGCUUCGUUGGGAGCCGGAGAAGCAGGAGUGGUUGUUCGAAAGGAACUCGCCAACGAGCUGGGUCUGGUAGACCCCCCUAUCUCAUGGCACGUCGCACGAGAUGGUGUCGCCGAGACGCUCAAUCUGCUUGCGUUGGUGGGUGGGAGUAUUGGCAAAAUCGCCCUCGAUCUCAUGAUCAUGUGCUCGAACGAAUUCGCAGAAGUCGCGGAACCGUUCGUGCCUCACCGAGGGGCAUCAUCUACCAUGCCACAGAAGCGGAACCCCAUCUCCAGCGAGUUGAUGCUGGCUGCCUCCAAGGUCUUGAGAUCGAAUGCGAGCUUGGGCCUGGACGCGAUGGUCUCGGACUUUGAGCGCGCUUCUGGGCCUUGGCACCUCGAAUGGGUGGCCAUCCCCGAAAGCUUUACCGUGGCGGUUGGGGCUCUGCACCAGGCGGCAUUCGCCCUUUCUGGCCUCGUGGUCGAUGAGAAGCAGAUGUUGGCAAACCUGAACUCUACGGGCGGUCUCAUAGUAGGGGAGGCCGUCAUGAUGGGCCUGGCGCCACAUGUAGGCCGCCAGAAGGCUCACGACACGGUAUACAAGGCAUGUCAGGAAGCCGUAGAGAACAAGACUUCCUUGCUUGAGGCUUUGUCCCAGAGCAAGGAUAUUGUUGAUGCAUUGGGCAUGGACGAGCUGGAGAAACUGUGCGACCCAGUCAAUUACCUAGGAUCCUCGACUCGUAUGGUCGAUGAUGUCCUUGCGCUGAGAAGGUAG